CGUGGCGUUAACUGAGUAAAGUGUGUGCGCAUUACGCACCCCUAAACCCCCAAACAUAUCUUCCCCAUAACUCUUCUUUUUUCUUUUUCCACCCAAAACACCCACAAAAAAUAUAAAAUAAUACUAAUAAUAAUAUCAAAAAAAAUUCUAUUUCAUGCUUUUUCCAUUUCUGCGUAUUCCACUCGUCUUUUACAAACCCUAACACCUUCAACCAGUAGAUGUUGUGAAGCAGUAAUUGCAGUUUGUUUGUUGAUUGUGAUAAGGAAGUUUUGCUUUUUUAGAGCAGCGGCGCCCUCGGGGAAACGGUUCACUUUAUUGAGGUUUUGAGCUUCGAUUGAUAUCCUGAUAAGGAAGUUUCGUGUUUCUGAGCAACGGUGACGUCGAAAACGGUUAAGUUUGUUGAGUUUUUGAGCUAGAACUGAGUUGUAAAAGCGUCGAAGAUCCUGGUAUCUUUCUGGAAACUUCUAUUGACGGUUUAUGUAUUUUUGAACUUGGGUGUUGAAGCACUAUUUAGCCCGUUUCUGAACGGUUCGAUUUAGUGAGCUUUUGAGCUAGAAUUGAGUUGUAGAAGCGUCGACGAUCCUGGUAUAUUUCUGGAAACUUCUAUUGAUAGUUUGUUUAUAUUUUUCUGAACUUGGAAUUUAGUUGGUAGAACCUGAGAUAGGCUCUUCCUUGUGGAAUCUGAGUUGCUACUGAUUUCAUGAAUAAGCUGGGUCUGGCGAUCAACGGGAUUGUUUAAGUUGUAAUCGAUGCUUGUAACAGUAGUACCGUUUGAUUCUGUUUUGUUAUAGAGUGGAGUUUUAGGGUUAUUUUGAGUAUUUGAAAGAAAUUCAAGGGUUAUUUUGGUGAAGGAGGUGAAGUUUUUGGAGAACCUGAGAUAGAUUAUGGAAUCUGAGUUGCUAUGGAUUUGGUGACGAUCAGUGUGAUUGUUUAAGUUUUAAUUGAUGUUUGUUAUAGUAGUACUGUUUGAUACUGUUUUGUUAUAGAGUGGAAUUCAAGAGUUGUUUUGAAUAUUUGAAAGAAAUUUAAGGGUGAUUUUGGUGAAGGAGGUGAAUUUUUGAAAAAAUGAUGUCUGUGGAGAGAUCAUUUGAAGCAUGGGAAGAGGUACAAAGACACGGGCAAGACUUAGCUGAUAAGCUUGCUCAAGGAGUUACUGGUUUGAUUCAGUCUCAUAUAAGUCCUCCAUCAUUUCCGUGGCCUAAUUCGCAAAAUUCGAAGCUUUUUGAUGUCGAGUUGCCAACUCAAAGUUUCAUCCCGAGGGAUUUUGGGAUAGCUGUGGAUAAAUCUGCAAUUGCAGGGGUUUCAGCAAUUUUUGAUAUGGGGAACAGAAUAGGGCAAGCUUCCAAGCUUUUUGAUGUAGAGUUACCAAGUCAAAAUUUCAUUCCGAGGGAUUUUGGGAUAGCUGUGGACAGCUCUGCAAUUGCAGGGGUUUCGUCAAUUUUUGAGAUCGGAAACAGAAUAGGGCAGGCUGGAGCAGAGUUUGGGGCUUGCUUGAAUGGAAUUGUUCACCAGUUUUUCAGGAAGUUGCCAUUGCCUUUUCGGCAAGAUGAGAAUUUAGGAUUGUCUCUGAUGUCUGCCACAGAUAGCCAAAGAUCCGAUCUGAGUAUUACCCUGCAGGAGGAUUUGGGGUUGUUGGCCGAAAGAUUAAAGGGAUAUGGGCAUGCUGAAAAGGAUUCAGCUGAAGCUGAAGAUAAACCAAGUGAAGAGGAGUUUUUUGGUGUUAAUUUGAAGGCAUUCAAACACUUCGGCAGAUCACAGGGUACAAUCAACUUCUCAUCGACAUAUGAAAGUAGGACCAGGAAUGUAGAAAGUUCUGUGGCUGCUAGAGGAGAUUUAUGGAGAGUAGAGGCAUCACAGGGCAGUUCCACAUCAGGAAAUGAAAAUUCAUCGCUGUUCCUCGUCCAACUUGGACCAGUACUUUUUGUCCGUGAUUCAACACUACUUCUGCCAGUUCACUUGUCUAAACAACACCUUCUUUGGUAUGGCUAUGAUAGGAAGCGUGGGAUGCACUCUCUUUGUCCAGCCGUGUGGUCAAAACAUCGAAGGUGGCUGCUUAUGUCGAUGAUUUGUCUUAAUCCUUUGACCUGUUCGUUUAUGGACUUGCAGUUUCCAAACGGUCAAAUAACUUACAUAUCUGGGGAGGGCUUGUCCACCAGUGCCUUUUUACCUUUGUGUGGAGGUUUGCUUCAAGCCCAGGGUCAAUACCCAGGGGAUCUGAAGUUCAGCUUCUCUUGCAAGAAUAAAUGGGGAACAUGCAUUACGCCAAUGAUGCAUUGGCCCGACAAAUCAUUUAGUUUUGGGGUUACCCAGGCAUUAGCUUGGAAGAGAUCUGGUCUCAUGUAUCGGCCAACUGUUCAACUAAGUGUAUGCCCAACAUUUGGUGGGAGCAGCCCCGGUUUGCAGGCAGACAUUACACAUUCUCUAAAGGAGGGAUUAAAUAUCAUUUGUGGCUGUGCACUUGCAACACACUCUUCUGCAUUUGCAUCGUUAGCUCUUGGGCGAUCAAAGUGGAAUGGUAAUGUUGGGAGCUCAGGGGUGGUUCUUAAGGUUGAAACCCCUCUUGGCAACAUUGGCAGGCCGUCUUUCUCCGUUCAGCUGAACAGCGGCUUCGAGUUCUAAUUCACUAGAAUUUCCCUUGCCCCUGCCCAAAAGCCACAUAACAAUACUGCAGUCAACUGUAAAUAGCCUGUACCCUUCAGUAUGACAAUGGACUGUUACGUGUAUAGUUCGUGUAAACUCUACUGGUGUUAUUUUAAUGGACAAAAAGGGGGAAAUUAGCUCUUCAAUCACAAAGAUAAGCAUAUUUCUAGGGUCUCUUUUAUCUUUAAUCUUUUGUUUUCCUUUCCCUCUUUUAGAAGAUUAAGGUCCUUGUACCAAUGUUGUGCAGGAAGGAGUGGUAAAUUUUGAUCCCCUUUGUUCCA